AAUCCCGGAAGUAAAUUUAAAGCCUGCAGGAAAGUUGAUUGGGCACCACUGCCACAAUGAAGAUCACACAACUUCAGAUUUCCGCUCUCCUCAUAUCCCUGACUGUGAUAAACCAUGUAACUUGUGAUGUCUACCUACACAACCCUAGGGGCAGCAAUGACAGACUCGAUGAAUCGUCCGCCAACAGAAACAAUGCCAACAGACUUUUUGACUCACAGAACAACAACCGUGGUGGCUACAAUGUUGGAGAUGCUACUGACAAGGCAGCGGGUAAUGACAAAACCAAGCAGUAUAAUAUGAAAUAUUUCCAAAGUGAUGGUUCAGGUGGCGAGUCUCUCCUCUCGGUUGAAUGGACCAACCAGCAUGGAUGCGGCGGCAAUGAAGACACCGAUCCACACAAGAUGAAUUGUAAUCUCGUCCUGCAGUAUAUGUGUCAGGACAGUAGUUUGCCAGUCUCCAAGGACACGACCCGUGACGGUACAUCAACAGAAACUCAGAAAUUCAAUCAAGCAAAGAAGUUAAAUGAAAAUGAGGGGCAGGCAACAACAAGGAAAAAUAAUGCUGUGGUGGACAACAGGGGCUUGCAGGAGACGUGGGAAUGGUAUGAUGCUUGCUACAUGAGGGAGAGAAAUAAAGGUCUGUUCACUGCUGACCAGAAACUGCAAAGCGACAAUGGACUUGGUGUAAGCAGUGCCAUCUAUACGAGGCAGAAUCCUAACGGCAAUCGCUAUGGUUACGAAUGUCCCGAAGAGCGAGAUCAUUACCCAUACUGGCAUCCAACACCUUGGAAAGAUAUUGCUGUCUUGGCAGAGAACGCUUCCAUGUGCUCAUCUUACCAGAAGAAGAGUUACAACAUCCAGCCAUAUCACCAAUGUGUCGAAUACUACACACCAGGCGGCAAGAGGAAGCAUUGGUCCAAGUAUAACAAUGAGAAAGAGUGCACAGACAAUGGUGGGAAGUGGGUUCUGCUCCAUAACUACUUAGAGAAAGUAUCGAAAGGCAAAGCUGCUUGCGAGAAAACUGCUGGUCUGUUCUGGGGUGUGCCUUAUGAUGCGGAGGAUGUCACUAAAGCACAGUGCCUUGUUGCCUUGCCGACUCCUGAGUGUAAAGAAGCACCUUGGUCAAGGUCAAAUCAUCUUGGGAAUGGCAGAGAUGGUGCAGCCAACACUUAUUCCUGGAAACUUCCAUAUUUUCCGUCCAAUAAGGAAUACAACUGCGUCUUCAGAAUGAGAUAUAACAUAUCUACCGAUGACUACGAUCCUUACAACACUGAUAGCAAACACAAUGAAGAUGUUGUCAAGAUGGUACAAUCGCCAGUCGAACAAAAUCCCUACGUGGAGAUCGGCGCAGGUCAUACACCACUCCGUCUAGCCAUCAACACCGCACAAUUUGGGCGCACAUUCCAAGAUCGCAGCCAUCUUUUCAAACUCCGACCAAGGCCAGCAAACCUGAAAGGAAAGAGGAUUCUCAACUUGAAUGUGCGAGGAAAGCGAGGGAACAUUGUCCAAGUUUAUCCAGCCGUGGAGUAUGACUUUGUACCGAAUGAGCUGACGAUGACAGAAAAUGAUGCUGUACAUAUUCAGUGGACUGGAUCCAAUACACACAACAAUGGCAACCCGGCUGGGGAUGGACAAGCAGGGGAUGCAGGGGAGGGCACCGGAGGCACCGACAGAAGCAACAUCGUUCAGAUUCCGACACAAAACGAUAACUUCCCGAUCCCGUUUGAACACACGGACAUGUGGACAAAUGCGGAGGUUUUAUGGACGUCGACUGAUGUGAAACUGCCAAUGGCGGCGAAGGAUUUGGCCCUUCAGAUGGUAUCAGCUGGAUAUUACAAGUGUGAGAAGAAGAGUUCAAAAUGUCCGACCGACUCCGUCGAUUCCAAAAAAACGAUGCAGAACCAACUUAACAACGCCCCAGCAUCUUUCGAAGGCGCAGUACUUAAAUUCAAGAAGGGAACUUACUAUUACAUGUGCAGUAGAAACAAUAACUUCACAAAUCGCAGCCAGAAAGGAAAAAUUGUUGUUCAGUGAUGAAAAUGUAAUGCUUUUUAUGUAUCUUGACUCAUCUUGAUAGCGAUGAACUUACUUCUGGUUGUUCAAAUGCUGGUUGGUUUAGCGGCCGCUAAGUUUUACUGAUCGCUAAACUUAGCGGAAUCCUUGGGGUUCUCCUUAAACUUUGCAGACCUUUGAGGUUUUGAUAUGCUACUUAUAAUGGUAAUGUUAUCAUUGGUAAUGUUGUCAAUCAACUAUUUUUGAGAUUAUAUGUUAAAUUAACUUUUUAAGGAUAAAAUGAUGCAAUAAUCAUGGUCUCAAUUUAGCAGUACCUUCUGUUGAUUUUGAGAGGCAUGUGUCAAUUGUGUCAAGUGAUUCAAUUAAGAUUCUUGAUACUGAGAUGUGCUUUGUCAUUUUAUUUUGAAUGAUGAAAAUAUAGGCUACUUACGGGGUACAGAUUAAUGUACAGUAGAACCUCUCUAUUAAGGACACCCAUGGGACUGACAAGAGCUGUCCUUUUUAGAGAGGUGUCCGCUAAGGGAGGUUCCAUUGUACUUGGUGCAAUUUUUUGUGUUCAUGUUAAUAAAAUAAUCUUUAAAAAACUCUAAGCAUAGUGUGCAUGUUUGCUACCAACCUCAUCAUUUAUUUGAGCGGAAUAUUUUGCAAUCUUUAAGUAACAUUGGUGUUAUCAAAAAUUUCAAAACGGUGAUUCAAAAUUGGAAAAAGCCACCAGUUGCAGAAAGUAAUGGAAGGAAAUCUGGAAAGAAUGAUUUUUCCAAAAAAUUUGGAACUUUUUAUAAUUCUAUUGUACUUUUUCAAAAUUUCUCAUGUUUUCUAAAAUCCUGUAUAAUUUGUAGGCAGGCCUAUCCGUGUUUUUCAGGAUGAGUCAGGCCGUGGACCAUGUUUUGUUGCUACAUUACAGGAAUUUGGGUUGCCAAUUUCAGCAUGUGUUUUCAUCUGUCGGAUGUCAUGGAAUCUAAGCUCAGGCCAAACCUGGCACAACUGUUAGUGACAUGACGUCUUUUCUGACACCGUUCCGCCAACGCUCAUACCUAGAAUAGUUGAGUCGCCCUGAAAAUCAUGUGAUAAUAACAUGUUAUAUUACUACAAUCAUUCUGUAUAAUCCCUUUGCAAUAUAUAUUAGGGUCAGAUAUCCAGUUUGCUACGUGAUUUCGAAAUAUGGGCAGCAUGUAGGUGAUUCUCAUGUUGCAAAUCGAUCAAAAGUUUGCACUGUAUUUUCUAAACAAUGUACAAUUUACUGCUGGUCAGUAUUAACUCUGUGAUGUAAUAAAUGCAAAAAUAUACUUGA